UUUGUAUUUAUCUCCCUACUCAGCUUCCGUUCCCACUUUCUCCCCCACUUUCAUACCUGCAGGCUGCAGUAACACGCACCUUCAUCAAAAUCAUCCAAGUUAAAACAUUCUCAAUAUGGAGAAUUACAACAACAAUAUCAAGCCCCAGAGCCAGAAGAAGCAGAAGUGGUUCUUGUCGUUGGUUUUUUCACUCUUACUAUCCACCCUUCUCAUAGUUGUUAGUGUUUCCUUUUCUUCAAACUCCGCAAGGUUUUACAACCGCGCCUAUGUACAGAACCCACGUCCCAAAUUCGUUGAACAACAGCUGCACGUGUUAUCCACGUCAUCUGAGAAGAUACCAAGAUUGGCGUACUUGAUUUCGGGAUCAAAGGGAGAUGGUGAUAGCUUGAGGAGAACCUUGAAGGCUUUGUAUCAUCCCAGGAAUCAGUAUGCUGUUCAUUUGGAUUUAGAGGCUUCUGUUCAGGAGAGGAUGGAGUUGGCGAGUUUUGUUGAAAGUGAGCCGCUUUUUAAGCAAGUGGGUAAUGUGAGGAUGGUUUUGAAGGCUAAUUUGGUGACUUAUAGAGGCCCAACUAUGGUUACUAACACGCUUCAUGCCGCCGCCAUUUUGUUCAAGGAAGGUGGGGACUGGGAUUGGUUUAUUAACUUGAGUGCUUCCGAUUAUCCUCUGAUCACACAAGAUGAUUUGCUCCAUAUAUUGUCAACUAUUCCACGAGACCUUAAUUUUAUUGAGCAUACCAGUGACAUCGGUUGGAAGGAGCAUCAGAGAGCCAGGCCUGUUAUAAUUGAUCCAGGACUGUAUAGUGUGCGAAAAUCUGAUGUCUUCUGGGUCACACAGAAACGGAGUGUUCCAAAUGCAUAUAGGCUAUUUACAGGUUCUGCUUGGAUGAUGCUCUCGCAUCCCUUCUUAGAAUAUUGUUUGUGGGGGUGGGAUAAUCUCCCCAGGAUAGUCCUUAUGUAUUAUGCCAACUUUCUAUCUUCACCCGAAGGAUAUUUUCAUACGGUUAUGUGUAAUGCUGAAGAGUUCCGGAAUACUACUGUAAACCAUGACCUCCAUUUCAUAUCUUGGGACAACCCUCCAAAACAACACCCACAUUUCCUCACUACCGAUGAUUAUCAGAGGAUGGUCGAAAGCAAUGCCCCCUUUGCAAGGAAAUUUGGCAGGAAUGAGCCAAUUCUUGACAAGAUUGAUUCUGAACUGCUGGGUCGCAAUGCUGAUGGAUAUGUACCUGGUGGAUGGUUCAGUAAAGAAAGAAAUUCAAACUUGGGUGCUCCACAUCAUGUCAUGACAAACACCAGUAAACUCAGGCCUGGUCCUGGUGCUGAUAGGCUAAAACGCCUUAUCACUGGUUUACUAUCAGCCGAAGAUUUUCAUAAAAGCCACUGCAUCUGACACCAGAAUUCCAGUGAAGCAGCCCUCAUUCCCCCAGUACUUGAUGGGCAGAUAAACACUCCUCUCUUCAUUUAUUAAUAUAAGAUUGGUAGCGGCACAGAUAACAACCGUGUAGGAAUUAAAGGAGGAAUUAAAGGGGAAGAGAAAUUACUUCCCGUGCAGAGUAUAUGCUAUACCUUUUACAAUUUGACCUUCUAAAAUGUAUUUUUGUAACUAAAGUUGCUGAUUCUGGACUUAAAUGUAGUGUUUAUUAGUUUGCAUAA